ACCAGCGAAGUAUACCAGUCGAUCUUUAGUAAUUUCUUCUUUUCGCGUUUUAAAAUUUCUUUUUUUGAUAUUUUCCUAUUUUAAUAGGUUUAUUUUUGUAUAAAAUUAGAAAAAAAAUUAUCUUGUAUUCGUUUUCUUUUUGUCUUUUUUACUUUGGAUGGUGAAUUUUAAGUUUGCAAAUAAGUUAAAUAAAAAUUGAUUAUUACAAAAAAAUUUGAGAAUCGAUUAAAAAAUGAGCUCAAAUAUAUUGGUAAAGUUGUGUGGAACUAAAUUCUUAAAAAAUGUUGUUUUCGAUCGAAAACCAAAGUGGAUCACCGUUGGCAGAAGUUUUAGCAUUACAAUGUCACGUGUCAUACUGAGGGAAUCGCCGAAUGCGGCCUUAGACAAAACCUUGUUAAAUAAAUACCUCGACCUGCCUCAACCGGAAAAUAAAAUUCAAGCGAAAUACAUCUGGAUUGAUGGUACCGGUGAAAGCUUGCGAAGCAAGACUAGGACGGUAGAUUUCGUACCAAAACAUCCAUCAGAUUUACCAAUAUGGACCUUCGACGGUAGUUCAACUUACCAAGCAGAUGGCGCAAACAGCGAUAUUUUCCUUUGUCCAGUGGCAAUUUACAACGACCCCUUUCGUCGUGGAAAUAACAAAUUAGUAUUAUGUGAUACCUACUACAGUGACAUGACCCCGACUACAUCCAACAAACGUUCCAAAUGUAAUCAGGCUAUGGAAGCUAUAAAAGAUGAAGAUCCAUGGUUCGGAAUUGAACAAGAAUAUACUUUCCUUGAUUUUGAUGGUAGACCACUUGGUUGGCCAAAAAAUGGUUUCCCUAAGCCGCAAGGACCUUAUUAUUGUGGUGUAGGCGCCGACAAAGUAAUUGGUCGCGAAAUUGUCGAGGCUCAUUAUCGAGCUUGCCUUUAUGCUGGCGUAAAAAUUGCCGGUACUAAUGCAGAAGUUAUGCCCUCACAAUGGGAAUUCCAAGUCGGCCCGUGUAGCGGAAUAUCUGCCGGAGACGACUUAUGGAUUGCUAGAUUUAUUCUUCAUCGUGUAGCUGAGGAGUUUGGUGUGGUUGUUAGUUUAGACCCGAAAAUUAUGGAUGGUUCGUGGAAUGGUGCAGGUGCACAUACAAACUUCUCGACAAAAUCGAUGCGUGCCGAAAAUGGCAUUGCCGAAAUUGAGAAAGCAAUUGAUAAAUUGAGCAAACAACACCUAAGGCACAUUCAAGCGUAUGAUCCACGCGGAGGAAAAGACAACGAGCGACGUCUGACUGGAAAAUGCGAGACCAGUAGUAUAUACGAUUUCAGCGCUGGUGUGGCCAAUCGUAAUGUUAGUAUUCGCAUUCCUCGUGGAGUUGCUGAAGAAAAGAAAGGCUAUUUGGAAGACAGAAGACCUAGCAGUAAUUGCGACCCUUACUCGGUGUGUCAUGCUUUGGUGCGCACUUGUGUCCUAAAUGAAUAAAAAAAAAAACUUCAAGUUAUUUCCAAACAGGCAGCGGAAAGGAGAAAUUGGACGAAAAAUUUUGUAGUGCAAUAGUGAUCGUACCUUCGUGAAGCAUAUUCUAUGAAAAUGUAUAAAAUUAUUUCUAAAAUUAAAAAUGUAAAAAAGAAAAAAAAAAAAAAAAGAGGAUAAAUGCGAG